ACAAAAAUCAGUCAUUGCAUUGUUUGCAAAGUGAAAACAUCGAAAAAAUCACAAGAUUUAGUGUUUCUACGGUGAUAUAUUGUGCUACAAGUGAUUAAGUGUGACUUUAAUAGACUAUUUUGUUGUUUGUACUACAAAUCGAAAGUUAAAAUGUUGCGGUUAAGUUUUUUCGCGUUGUGUUUCGUGGUUUGCGUCUAUGCUGAGCAUCAAGCUACUGUGACGCUGAGCGGCGAGAAAGUGAAAGGCGUUGUAAAGUUCACGAAAACCGACAAAGGUGUCGUUGUUGAGGGCAAUGUCACUGGUUUAACACCGGGGAAACACGGUUUUCACGUGCAUCAAUUCGGUGAUCUCAGCAACGGCUGCGCCACCACCGGCGGACAUUUCAAUCCGUUAAAAAAAAAUCAUGGCGCCCGUGACGCUACCGAACGCCACGUUGGAGAUCUCGGCAACAUUGAAGCUGACGACAAAGGUGUCGCCACUAUCUCCCUGACAGACCACGUUAUUGACCUUGAGGGUGACAAUAACAUCAUCGGCCGCGCUAUUGUAGUGCAUGAGGGCGAGGAUGACUACGGUCUUGGUGGUCAUGAUGAUUCACUCACCACUGGACACGCUGGUGGACGUGUGGCAUGCGGCAUCAUUGGCCGAUUAGUCAAUCGUGGAUUAAACGUGUCGCCAUCGCUGUUUCUUACUGUUAUCACCAGUUUUGUUAUCACUCUUGGAUUUUACCGUCGUUAAAACUUAAAAUUGUUUUUUUUUUAUUUUUAUUUCUUUGAAUUCUUAAUUUUUUGUUAUUUUUACGUUAUUCUUUUUUAAUAUCUUAAGUAAUAAAUAAUAAAAUGUUAUAAAAAUUA